AUCUGGUACAGCGUCGUCCUCUUCACAGUAACAGAACAGCUGCGCACUAGUUCUUUAAGGGCAGGGGGGAAAGGAGCACACUUCCGGUUUCUACAGACAAAAACAGAGAGAGGAUCAGCCCAGCAGAGAGACAGCCGAGAGACAGCAGAGGACAGACGAUCGGAGAGACUUUUUUUUUUUCUACAGAGAGGUUUCCACAUAUCCUGCCGAGACACGGAGCCAUGGGGAAGAUCAGCUUCCAGCCUGUGGCGGGACAGAAAGUGGACAAGGAAGACCACGAUGGCGACAAAACAGAAAUACUCAUCCCGCAUCCGAUGGAUGAGGAUGAUCUGUUUCUGCCGCUGCGGCCCAGAAAGUCUGCCUUCAACAGCGUGUGCUGCAUGACGUUCGGCCUGGUGGUGUUCAUGGCCGGUCUGGUCCUUGCCUCCAUUUAUGUCUACCACUACGGCUUUAUACCUCAUAAGCCACAAGGCUACUCAGAACUCUGCAGCUUGAUGUAUGAUGAUGACCCUGAGUACGGUGAGCUGCGUGGGCCUCAGGUGCUGGAGGAAAAUGUCGAUAUUUACCUGGACGAAAACUACGAGAAGAUCAGCGUGCCUGUGCCUCACUUCGGAGGCAGCGACCCCGCUGAUAUAAUCCACGACUUCCACAGAGGACUGACAGCCUACCACGACAUUACUUUGGACAAGUGCUACGUCAUUGAGCUCAACACCACCAUCGUGAUGCCUCCACGCAACUUCUGGGAGCUCCUUAACAACGUGAAGAAGGGAACAUACCUGCCUCAGACCUACAUCAUCCAUGAAGAGAUGGUGGUGACGGGAGAAGUGCACAACAUGCGUCAGCUGGGACCCUUCAUCUACCGCCUGUGCAACAGCAAGGAAACGUACCGCCUCACCCGCCGCCUCACCCGCAGACGCAUCAACAAGCGCGAUGCGAAGGACUGCCACCACAUCCGUCACUUCGAGAACACAUUCGUGGUGGAGACUGUUAUCUGCGAUGAGGCGUGAACACGAUGAACCCCCCCACCCGACCACCACCCUCCAUCCAAAGGCACGUCUCCAGCCACUGUAGCACCCAACUCUUGAUUUUAGUUUGAUUAUUGCACAUUUUCCUUAUUAUCUCUUAUUAUUUCACACCCUGUCUUUUUUACGAGUUGUUUUAAUGGUGUGAUGAAGCUGUUGUUUCCCUCUAAGGAUUUUCCUCGUAGCAAAGUCCUUAAGCCAAUAAUGAAUUGUAAUUUCCUCUGGGGAUUUUUAUGAUGGUUAUUGUCGUCGGGGGAGAUGACUGUUGCCAUGUGUUGUUAGGGCGACUAUACUUUUUGUUUUCUUCUUCUUCUCCCCUAGAGGGUACUUUGUGUUUCUCAGUAGCACUGACACACUCAUUAGUGCAGCGCAUGACGCCAUUGCUUCUCUGAGCAAACAUAAGGCAUUGAUUUCCAUUAGUUUUUAUGUCCGCUGUAAUGUAAACGGGUCAUUCCAGAAUCGGAGGACCAUUUAGACAUCAAACCUUUGAAUAAUCAACCCUUUAUUUUCUUAUUUUCUGAUGAGUAUUUGAGAAAAACAGGUUGUCAAUCAUCAGAACUAUGUAUUUGUGCAGCUCGUGCACCAAUAUUACAUUUCAUUUGAUGCUUUAUUUGUUGCUCAAUUGUUUGCUAGAACUCAACUAGACAUCAAAUUAAAAAGGUCUGUUAACUUCUUGAUCUAUAAUUUCAAAUUAAUACAUUUUGAAGGAAGAUUGUGAGUUGUGGCAAUAAAAAAAAAAGGCAAUUUAUAUUCUGGGAGACUACAGAUAUAUCAACAAUCAACAAAAAGUCAAUACAAGCGUGUUUAGAAUGUUAUAUUUGACAUGCAAGUUGGUCAGGGACACAAGAAAAAUGCCAUUUUAGGGGGUGCUCGAGGCUAUUUGGUAUUUAAACAAUAUUUUAAACCAACUUUUACUACAACUUUGUUUACAUUCUGUCCAAGGACAAGUUUGUUUAUCGCAACAAGUGCAUGUUUUAGCAUUUUGGGCAUGGCUUAUUGGAAAUUUCAAUGGUGGGAUAGAAAACGUCCUCCAUUUCUGGAACGACCCAAACAUGUAACUGCUGUAGCUUGCGUCUUCAUCCAUUGCUUGUUUUUCUAUUUCCUAAAGUUCAAUCAAGUUGCAUUGGUCAAAGUCUGCAUUGCUUUUAUGUAACCUGAUCCAUUGAAACUUGUAAACACCAAUGUUUAUUUUCGAUGCUCUCAUUCGUCACCAGCUUUGCUUUAAAGUCUUUUAUUUUUCGUUAUGCUUUUGUGAUCUAUUUCAAAAUAAAGGUCUUAGUUUUUUCCUUGCAUGUGUUUAUCUAUAAUACAUAAACAAAAAGCACAGUUAGGAUGUUUUGUAAAACCACGUUUAAAGCCUUAGUCCAGAGUCAGAGACUGGACUAAAGUCAGUACGACUAAAGGGAGUGAAUUAUAUGGUAUGUUAGUCAAAUAAAAACAACUCUGUAUUUUAUGUCUGCUGAUUAAAUCAUGAAAUAUGUCUGUGAAUAAAGUUGGGAAAAUA